AUGUGGCAGAUAGCCACCUGCGUGUCCAACACAGCACUCCAACUUGGCCUUGAAUUUGAAAUUGAUAAGUCUGACCUUAUACACUUCUAUUGCCACUCUAACCAUUCUUCCAACCCCAGUCUUUGCCUUACCCUGAACAGCAAGAACUCCAUCAUACUGCCUCAAGGAUGCAUUUGUUGGCUAGGCUUCUACCUAGACAGAAAGCUCUUGUUCAAAGAGCAUAUCUCCAACUCUGCUAACAAAGCCAAAGCCAUCAUAGCUGGAUUAGGAAUGCUAGCCAACACGCAGCAUGGACUCACCAUCAAACACGUGCACAUCCUCUACCUCACCUGCGUCAUCCCAAUCCUCACAUAUGGAUCCCCUCUGUGGUUUCUUGGGCGUAGACAGAAGUUGUUGCUCAAGCCGCUUAGGAAGGUCCAGAACCAAGGAUUGAGAUGGCUUCUUGGAGCCUUCAAAACCACUCCCAUCCCCUGUCUCAAACACCUAGCCUCCAUCCCACCCCUGCACAUUGUGUGCCAGAAGCUUAUCAUGAACUACUUGGCUAAACUCAGAACCAUCUCCAAGUCAUCCAAAGUUGCCAAACGUCUCCCAGCCUCAUGGGACACGCAUAUACCCACCCUUAACAGCAACAGGAACAACAAGGCCGAAAGCUUGCAAUCCCCCAUUCACUUCAUUGCAUCACAUAGCCAUCCACACAUCGAGUUCGUCUCGCCACACAUCAACCACCCGUCCAACCCAUCCGUCCCGGUCCCUGACCAAAUCAAAAUUAAGGACACCACCAACGGCCUCAAACAAGACGAAUACCGCGACAAAAUCCUAUCCGAAAUCAGCGUGCUGGAAGAAUGCCAUGCCAGCGUUCUUGGCUACUCAGAUGGACACGCGGCGGUGUCCAAUGGCAUUUGGAAAGUCGGCGUCGGCUACGUUAUACGUGCCGGAAAAAGGACUUUGUCAUCGUCGUCGGUUAGAAUUGGACCGCAAGCCAACAUAUAUGAUGCAGAAAUGCUGGGAAUACUAUUAGCGUUCAUGAAAGCUAAACAAAUAGCCGAAAAUCAAGGUUAUCGCAAAAUACGGAUAUACUGCGAUAACCAGGCCGCCGUAAAAUCGAUCGCCGACCUCUCUCGACACCCGUGCCAGUUUGCUUCCAGAGCAUUCGUCCCUGCCGCCAAGGCAUUCGUGGAGGGACACCCUGAACGAUCCAUACAUGUCACCUGGACGCCCGGGCACAACGGAGUCGAAGGCAACGAAAUUGCGGACCGACUGGCUAACGAAGGAGCUAGAGUGGCCCCGAACCCCAUAUUCAAUCGCACCAUCACAUGGGCGAAAGAACAGGCAACCCGCAAAACCGUACGUACAUGGAAGAAAGCAUGGUACGAGCACUCGGAAUCACGAAUCAACUCGAAAUACUACAUCCCCCGCCCACCCGCGCUCAAACUGCACCCUAUAUUCAACUCAAGCAAGUUGGGCAGGGACAUCGAGUGCCGCCUCGUACAAUUCCUUACCGGGCACGGCCAUUACGGCGAGUACCAUGCUCAAUUCCAUCACGACGUAGAUCCCAGGUGUGCUUGUGGGGAGUCGGAAGAGACAAUAUUCCAUUUAACCACCUCCUGUCCCGCCGUAGCGGGACACAGGGGGAUACUUAGUGAGUUUUCCACCAACAUUAACGAUCCCACAAUGUUUGGCUCCCUAGCAGGUCUCGAAGCAGUUGCAAAGUUCAUCGCCAAGACGGGCAUAGGUCGAAGACGAGGAGGCCCGCCGGCAACCGCUCAAUCCAUGUAG